GGGGCUGGGCCCGGCCGCGGGGGAUGGAGGCGGAGGCGAGGAGGGAGGCGGAGGCGGCCGGCGGGGGCCGCCCGCGCUGAGACAGGCGGGCCGCGCGGGCCCCGGCCGGCAUGGAGAUCGGGCGCUGCGGGGAGCGGGAGGCCAGCAGGAAGGAGCAUUGGAAACUGCUUGGCAAUUUGAAGACCACAGUUGAGGGAUUGGUGUCCAGCAACAACCCGAACGUCUGGUCUAAAUAUGGUGGCUUGGAGCGGCUGUGCAGGGAUAUGCACAGCAUCCUCUAUCAUGGGCUCAUCCACGACAAGGUGUACUGCAGUCAGACGGAUUACUGGCAGUUUGUGAAAGACAUCCGCUGGCUGAGCCCGCACUCUGCUCAUCACGUGGAGAAGGUGAACCUUCAUGAGAAUGGCCAGCCAAACGCAGAUGGUGUAAGUCAUCAAGCCAUAGCAGAGCUGUGGCUACAGCACAGCUGCAGUACUCACUGCCUCUCCGCACAGCUGAAACAGCUGCUUGAGAACCAGACAGUACAUCAGGAAAUCUACACAGUGCUGCCUUUCCUGCUCAGUGACGCCCACGUCACAGCCAUGUUACAGUGCCUGGAGGCUGUGGAGCAGAACAACCCCAGACUUCUGGCUCAGAUUGACACGUCCAUGUUUCUCAGAAGGACUGAGGCCUCAUUGCCUGUGACGAAGAGUCAAAGCCUGACAGCCCUUCCUGGUUCUGUAUGUAUCCCUCCUAUGGACUAUACACAACACAGGUACUUCGGAUCCUUCUCUAGUCUGCACCAACCAGCCUCCAUCAGCAUGUCAGACAGGAGACCAGCAAGCUCCUCCAUGUGCAGCAGCACGAGCCAGCCUCUGGAAAAUGCCCUGUAUAACGUAUCCCUCUUACUGCCUGAGGACAGAUCCCCUCUGGGCCAACCUGGCCUCCCUCGGCUCAGUGUUACCUCCCCCAGAGACUCCUUCUCUUCAGUCAGCGAGAUGAGCACCAACACCGUGACCAGCCAGAGCGAGGACCCCUGGGCGGGUAGCCAGGAUGACACCCAGAGCGACGCCAAUGAUGGGCCGGAGUAUCUGGCUAUUGGGAACCUGGGGCGACAGGGCCGGGCCUGUAGCAGCCAGAGCAGUGCCAGCAGUAGCACCACCAACAGCAACAAGAGCAGCAGUUCCAACCUGUUCUCAUCCAGCAGCUCCCAGAAGCCGGAGUCCAUCUCCUCCUUGGAGGACCAGGGUGCGAGCAGGGGGAUGAGCCUCUUGCGCAGGUCCAGCUUUUCAGAGGGGCAGACAUCAACCCCCCAAGGGAUCCUCAAGAGAAGCCAUGCACGCUCGCACUCUGAUACCAAUGUGGCCUCUGGGAAAACUCCUGGAGGCCUCAGGGAUAUCACCAUUAUAAUAGAAGAUCCAGUGGCAGAAUCCCAGGGUGACGCCUCAAGGGUGAUGGGUCAUGUCUCUGGCUCCACCCAGAGCAGUGAAGUGAGCACGCCCAGCUCCCUCUACAUGGAGUAUGAUGUUGGCCAGUACCUGAGUUCGGGGGAAGGUAUGUUCCGAAGACCCUCGGAAGGACAGUCCCUAAUCAGCUACCUGUCUGAGCAGGACUUCGGCAGCUGUGCAGACUUGGAGAAGGAAAACGCUCACUUCAGCAUCUCUGAAUCGCUGAUUGCUGCCAUCGAGCUGAUGAAAUGCAACGUGAUGAACCGGCGGCUAGAGGAGGAGGAAGAGGAGAGUGACAAGGAGAUCCAGGAGCUCAAGCAGAAGAUUCGCAUCCGGCGCCAGCAGAUCCGCACCAAACCGUGCUCCCUGCCUACCGGGAGGUGGGCUCAGACAGUGAGCUUCGUGGCUACAGACAGCGAGUCCCAGUUCAGCUCCCGUGACUCCAUGUGGCUGUCUGACUCAGGCUCAGCAGAGGAUGUGGAGGAGUACGAGAUAAGAGAUGGUAACGAUGGAUCUAACCUGAUUCAAAUGUCCAAGAACGGCCUGUCAGUGUCAAUGGCUUCCUUGUUUUCAGAUGCAGACAUCAGGCGGGAUGCAGCGUCUAGCAGGAAGUCUUUCCUCUCCUCGGAAUCCAUAUCCCACUCCUUCCUCCAUUCGAACUCAGCGGAGGCCGUGGCCAUGGGCCUGCUGAAGCAGUUUGAAGGGAUGCAGCUCCCAGCCGCUUCUGAACUGGACUGGCUAGUCCCAGAGCAGGAUGCCCCUCAGAAGCUCCUGCCAAUUCCGGACUCUCUGCCCAUCUCGCCUGAUGACGGAGAGCACGCCGACAUCUACAAGCUCCGAAUCCGGGUCCGCGGGAACCUGGAGUGGGCUCCCCCCCGGCCACAGAUCAUCUUCAACAUUCACCCAGCCCCAACGAGGAAGGUGGUUGUAGCCAAGCAGAAUUACCGGUGUGCAGGCUGCGGCAUCCGGACGGACCCUGAUUACAUCAAACGGCUGCGGUACUGCGAGUACCUGGGCAAGUACUUCUGCCAGUGCUGCCACGAGAACACCCAGAUGGCCAUUCCCAGCCGCAUCCUGCGUAAGUGGGACUUCAGCAAGUACUGCGUCAGCAACUUCUCCAGGGACCUGCUGAGCAAGAUCUGGAGUGACCCACUCUUCAGCGUGCAGGACCUCAACGCCGCUCUGUACCGGAAGGUGAAGGCCCUGAAUCAAGUCCGGCUGUUGAGAAUCCAGCUGUUUCACUUGAAGAACAUGUUUAAGACCUGCCGACUAGCUAAAGAGCUUCUGGAUUCCUUUGACUUGGUGCCAGGUCAUCUGACGGAGGAUCUCCACCUUUACUCCUUAAAUGACCUGAAUGCCACUAAGAAGGGGGAACUAGUUCCCCGCCUGAUGGAGCUCAUAAAGGCAGGUACUCUGCACGUUGAGAGAUGCAUGCUGUGCCAAGCCAAAGGCUUCAUCUGUGAGUUCUGUCAAGAGGAGGACAUCAUCUUCCCCUUCGAACUGAACAAGUGCAGGACGUGUGAAGAGUGCAAGGCCUGCUAUCACAAAUCCUGCUUCAAAUUGGGCUGCUGCCCCCGGUGUGAGCGCCUGCACGCCAGGAGAGAGCUGCUGGCCAAGCAGAGCAUGGAGUCCUACAUCUCUGACUACGAGGAGGAGGAGCGGUCGCCAGAGGCAGUGGCUGCAACAUGAGUGUGGUGGCAGAGGGGAAAGAGGAGACCAGCGGAUGUAUUUGUGUGUGUGGCCUUCGUCUCUAGAGACUAAACUAAGGACUAACCUGACUCUUUCACCGUAAAGGAGCCCAUGGGAGGGCUGUAUCAUGGGAGAUCUUGGAGCAGCUGGCCCUCACGUACUGACGGUAUCGGCUUGGUUUGCUUCAAGAGAGCCAGUUUCUUUUCUCUCUACACGAUGGUGUUGGGGACGGCAGACUCCGGACGCUAGUUCUUGCAGUCGUGACCCUGCCAAGAUGGACACAUUGCUGCCUUCGUACAGGGUCCGGCGGCAAAUUGUGUCUGUGCCACACUCGGAGCGCAAUGAGCGUUUGUAUGCCUGGAUGCUCCACCUGAUCCCUCAUUCGGAACUGAUAGGACUUGAUUUGGGGGCGGGGGGAAGCCGCGGCAGCAAACAGCGCCUUAUCCUCUGCCUGGUGGGAGCUGCCACUAACGGCGGAUACCUGCUGGGCUGGUAGAUCAGGCUAGAGCACGCGGACUGUAGGUGACAAAGGAGUUGAUCUGAUUUGCCCUUAGGCCCGGCUCUGCUUUAGCUGCAUGCAGGCUGGAGGUGAGAUCUGUGCCGGUCGCUGUUGCGAUCAGCCGCUUUCUCUGCUAUUGAUGUUCGGUUCCUCAGACUGUGCCUGGUGCUGAUGGAGCUCCCCCCUGCUGGGUGAAGGGCCAGGCUUGUCGUCCCAGAGGCGUGAUUGCCACCUUUCCCACAGUGCUAGGUGCCGGGAGAUCGCCCUGUGCCAUGCUCUGGCACUGGCAGCAGGUGAACAAGUGGCUUCCGCUUUUUGGGCCGGAAGCCGGGGAGGCCACAGACCAUGAGGCAGCUGCAUGCCCAGUGUGGGGAGAGGAAACACCUUAGCUGAGCCGGAGGAAGCAGCAGGUCUGAAGCCGGAUUCUCUCUGCUGACCUUGCAGGAGUUGAACUGCUACGAGUGGGGCUACCGAGUGCUCCUGUCCCCUGGACUGGGCAGUGUUCGCCUGUGUCUGUCUACUGGUGGGGGCUGAGCAGUUACUCUUAGAUCCGAGACCAAAGAUCAGUUUGAACACAGCCAGAGCUCAAUCCCUGGAUGCCAGGUGGAGUAGGGGCUCCUGCGCCAGGCCCCAGGGGGAACCCGCCCGCCAGUGCCUGGGAGAGCAGGCUGUGUGUGCGAUGGUGCUGCCCCCGCCCCUGUAGCCUUGAAUGCUCAGCUUGCCUUGUGGUGCUGUGAGGACCCCAUCCUCGCUCAUGCCAGUGAAAUGUAGAUGGGUGUCUUAGCUAGAAGCAAACAUCUGGGACCAUGGGAGACCUGGCAGGGGCACAGGCCUGGAUCUCUGCCAUGUGCUGGGCACUCAGAUGAUUCUACAUGACACUCACCCCCGCUAUUUCAGAGCUCAAUGAAGCCACAGUCAGUCUCAGUGGAGCCUUUCUCCCAUCCAUGCUGCACCCUUGGCGUAAGUGUCCUCUCUGCAGUGGAUUCUGGCCAUGCCCGUUCCAGA